AUGUCCGCCAAAUACGAUGACGAAGCCAAGGUGUCGCACUGGGUCGACAGUGACACUUCGCCAACUCCGCCAGAUGGUCUAGACGGUAGUGUGCAGGAGGACAACGCUUACGUCUACGACGAUUCCCAGAAGCUGGGUUACACUGCAACGGUUUUUGUCAUCUUGAACAAGAUGAUUGGAACCGGGAUAUUUUCCACACCGUCGGGUAUCUUUGCAGUUACAGGCUCCGUCGGCGUCACUCUCUUCCUGUGGAUCAUCGGUGGCUUCUUGACUUUCUGCGGACUUUCCGUCUUCCUGGAAUUCGGAUUAGCUAUUCCCAGAUCGGGCGGCGAGAAGAACUACCUCGAGCGUGUCUACCGUCACCCCAAGUAUGUUGCAACCUGUGUCUUGGCAUCACAGAUGCUUUUGCUGGGGUUCUCAUCAGGCAACUCUUUAGCCUUUGGCCGCUACGUACUACUCGCUUCAGGCUCAGAAGCGCCUGACGGCUGGGCUGCACGUGGAAUCGCCAUCGCCUGCAUUACUUUCUCCGUCAGCUUACAUGCAACCGCACCGAAAUGGGGAAUCCGUCUUUUCAACGUUUUGGGGGUGUUCAAAGUGAUCAUACUCUUGUUCAUCAUAUUUUCUGGUUUCGCUGCCUUGGCGGGCCACCUUAAAAUUGACAAGCCUCAGAAUUUUGAAAACGCCUUCGCUUUGGAGAUUGGAGAUGGCUACGGUGGCGGAGGAGUUUAUGCAUACUGCCAGGCCCUUCUUCGCAUCAUCUAUUCCUACAAAGGGUGGGAGAAUGCCAAUUAUGUACUUGGAGAGAUACGAAACCCCAAAAAGACGCUCGCCUGGUCUGCUCCUUUUGCGAUUGGCGGCACCACAAUUCUCUAUGUCCUCGCAAACGUAGCCUACUUUGCCGCAAUUCCCAAAUCCGACCUGGCCAAAAGCGAAGUCAUCGUCGCUGGCCUCUUCUUCCGCAAUGUUUUUGGAAACAGUGCUGGAGCGCGCAGUCUGCCCGCCUUUGUCGCGCUCAGCAAUUUGGGCAACGUUCUUGCCGUCAGCUUUGCACACGCUCGCUUGAAUCAAGAGUUCGCAAAAGAGGGUCUACUACCAUGGAGCCGAUUCUGGGCUUCGAACAAGCCGUUCAAUGCCCCUGCGACAGCACUUUUCUUGCAUUGGCUCAUCACCGUCAUCGUCUUGGUAGCUCCUCCUGCCGGCCCGGCAUACAACUUCAUCACCGACCUGUACACCUACCCGGGCGCCUGGAUCAACGGCUUUGUCACAGCCGGUCUCAUCUACCUGCACUACAGCAAAAGCGAGCGAUGGGAGUCACCAUGGCACACAUACCUUCCCGUGGCCGUAAUCUAUCUCGCCUCCAACAUUUUCCUCGCGUUGGUGCCCUUUAUCCCUCCAGAUGGUGAUUGGAAUGCCGAAGGCUAUCCGUACUACGUUUUCCCUGUGGUCGGCGUUGCUGUUCUACUGCUUGGUGUCGUCUACUGGUUUUGCUGGACCAAGGUUUGGCCUAAGCUCGGUGGAUACAAGAUUGUUACUGAAAGAUACGAAGACACUGCUGGUAAUGAGCAUGUCCGCUAUGUCAAGUUGUAUACGAAAAACGAAUAG